AUGGCGGCCCCAGGUGGCCCCUGCUGUGGCGGCGGCUCCUUGGGCCUCCUGGUCUGGCUCCUUGUCUUUCAGCCUCUUCUCGGUGAGGGUGCCAGACCCAAAGAGGAUUCUGCAGUGAGCCGCGCAGUCGCAGAGGCCCCCUCAGCUCCGGAACACCUGAAAUCUGAGGAGGUUCCAACAGCUCCAGGGCUGCCUACACCCCCAGCGGCCGUUCUGCAGACCCCUCCUCCCUUUGGAGAGCGGUUUGUACGAGAAGGGAGGCAGCAGCUUCGCCUCCAGCCCCUCUUUUUACUGAGCCAAGGAGCAUGUGGCCAUCGGAAAAUGAGGAUAAUCGGUGGGAUGCCAGCCCCAGAGAGAAAGUGGCCCUGGCAGGUGAGCCUGCGGAUCAACAAUGAACACGUGUGUGGAGGCUCCCUCAUUGCCCCACGGUGGAUCCUGACUGCAGCGCACUGCAUAUUUGGCUUUGAGGAAUAUACAGUGCGGAUGGGAAGCGUGUUGUUACAUCCCCAAUCGGGAAUGGCCAUUCCAGUUCAAGACAUCGUUUGCCAUAGCUUUUAUGAUGUUAGAACUUUGAGUAAUGACAUUGCCCUUGUUCUGCUGGCCCACUCUGUGAAUUAUUCUGCAUUCAUCCAGCCAGUGUGUCUCCCUGAAAAGAAUUUUGAAGCGGAAGCUGGGACACGGUGCUGGGUGACUGGAUGGGGCCGACAGAUGGCAGACGUGCUGCCAGAAAAUCUUCAGGAGACUGACCAAAUCCUUCUUCGCCACACGUUAUGUAAUGCGAAAUUGCAGACAGAGUUAGGAUAUCGUCGCAUGUUAGUUCGAAAAGGGAUGAUCUGUGGCUAUCACGAAGAUCUUAAAAGCCCCUGCAAGGGAGAUUCUGGGGGUCCCCUGGUCUGUGAGUUUAAUGACACCUGGGUCCAGGUGGGGAUUGUGAGUUGGGGCGUUGCCUGUGGUCGCAGUGAAUUGCCUAUAGUUUAUACCGAAGUUAGCUUGUACAAGGACUGGAUCGUGGAUCACAUCAUUAAGGUGUCCUCUUGUGCCUCAGCUGGGUUCUUUAUCCUGUCGCUGUCUCUGGUGUUGCCCCUGGGCAUCCUAGUGACCCUGUGA